AUGUCGUUUGAACAAGAAGCAAAGGAGAAAAAACGUCUGGCUAACUCUGUUGACCCCCGCGCCGCCCUAUCGGUCGGGUCGCACAACAAGGAUGUUAAGAAGUGGAUCGACAACUACCUCGGUGUUGGCGAGUGGGUGAUGGACCAAUCUGUGGCGGUUAUGGGUUCUUCCAGCUGGUUCGAGCGUCGACGAUAA